AUCAUUUUCAUUCCCGCCAUUGAAAGCCUAAUGUUGAAUUGUAAAAGCGCAACUAGAAGAAAUUCGUAUCGAACAGCAGCUGACCUCGUGAAUACUGCCAGCUAUGAAAGCUCCAACGUGUCCCAAAUGUCAAUCUAUAUAUACACUUAAACUCAAAGAAUUUGGACAUUAUGGAAAACAACCAUUUUUGCUGCGUUGUGGACAUACUUUCUGUGAAGCAUGCCUCCAGAAGCUACCACGAAAAGAUGAUUGUAUCAACUGUCCAACAUGCCAGGUGCCAACCAAAGCACCAUCAGGGCAGCCUCUGUACAAGCCUCUCAGUCUGGAUAUCUACAUUUGUGGGCCUUGUCUGGGCCAAACAACUUGAUCUGGAACAGCAGGCAGACAGAGGGAUGUGAACGAAUCCAAAAAAAAAGAGAAGAAAUGUUAAAAGUGUUCAGAAAACAGCAGGUACUAUUUGCAAAGAAUGCAAAGUCCAACCAGCAAGUUGUGAAUGUAGACAAUGUGAAGACAAAAUGUGCAAGCAGUGCUUUGACAAGGUCCACAAGAUGUCUUUUAGCUUUCAAAGACACCAAGCUUUACCGUUCUUUGCUGUCUCAGAGGAAAGAUUAGCUGAAACCAAAACAAGGUCACGCACCUGUUUGGUGCACGAGCAGUGCCAGAUUGAAUAUUUCUGCAAAGAAGACAAUGAAGCCAUCUGCUCUCGCUGUGUCAUUGUGGGUGAUCACAAAGGACAUGAUGUUCAGACAAUGGAAGACAAAAACAAAGAUACCUUGAUAUACAUGGAACCAGCCAUUCAGGUAGCCCAAGAAACUUUGUGGAGGUUGAAUAAAGCUGAAAAAAGUUUGACUGAUGUUCACCCAUUUGCCAGGCGGGACACAAAGGAACUAGAAGAGCAACUUAGAACUCACUUCCAAGAACUUCACUCGCUCAUACAGGCCAGAGAACAACAACUUUUAGAUGAGAUAAAAACUGCAUCUACCAGCAUUGGAGAUAUUACUCAAGAAAUGAAGGCUUUCAUAUGUGAAAAGAAAUGCAUGCUGCAAGAAGCCAUACAAGAUGGACUACAAACCUUGCAAGGAAGUAUACGUCGACUUGUGGAUGCAGAUCUUGUUUUGGAGCGUCUGGAGCAUGCUAAAAAUAUGCCCUGUGUCUUAACACAGGAUGGAGAAGGGUGUGUGAACAACCAUAUAAGAUUUUUGCAUGGGGAAUUCCAGCCUCUUAAAGAAUCCAUCUUAAAGUAUGGCAGUAUCUCGGUGACUUCCUCUCAAAUGUUUGAGCUGAGGUUGCCAGGACCUGAUGAUGAAAAACCACCAUUAGAGGAACGCUACCUUCCAAAUGUGUCUGAUGUUGACAGCCUUUCUUUUACAGAAUCUGAGUCCUUGGCAGACUCUGCCUCUGUCAUUUUAGAAGAGGAAAAAGAAGAACUGUGUGGUGCAGAAGAAGUGAAACCAAAGAUGGCUGUCUACCCAUCUUUGAAACCUAUGAUCCCAGGCCACAAUGAGCAGGUACAGGUAACACAUAUUUGCACACCAGGACAGUUUUUUGUACAGCAGUUGUCAAAAGUUGGAGAACUGGCAAUGCUGUCACAGCAGUUAAAUUCUUACUGUCGCAGCUUUGCUUCCAAGAAAGACCCUAUUGGUGUCCUUGUUCCUGGUGACCGAGUUUUAGCCCAGUUCUCUAAGGAUAAAAAGUGGUAUCGAGCAAUUGUUAAUAACAUUGUGCUAGCAGAGGAAUCCAACAAAGAAGAAGACAGUUUUAUUGUGUUCUUCAUAGACUAUGGGAACUGCGAAAUCACCACUAUGAAAAGUUUAAGGAAAGCUCACAAGAACUUUUUCAAGGCACCUUCCUUUGCACUGGAGUGUGCACUUCAUGACAUCUCCCCAUCAGAUGAACAGGAGGGGUGGUCACGGGAAUCUGUGGAGAUGAUGCUUCAAAUGACGGUCUCAGGGCCUAUGAUAAUGACGGUAUUCAGCCAGGCAGGAAAUGUGUUAGAAGUAGAUUUGAGCUGCCCAGAGAUUGAUAAAAACUUCUCAGAUGAUCGUCCUGUAUCAGUGCGGGACAGCCUUGUUUUCUUGGAAGCAGCAAUCUUUAAAUCAGGAUCAUCUGCUGCAGCUAAUCCAGGUCGAAUAAAGCGUGACUUUUUAACCUUGCCACGGUUCUUGGAUGGAAAGCUACUUGACAUAAUUGUUACUUGUGCAAACACCCCUCAGUCCAUUUAUGCACAGCACACAACGAGCACAGAAUCCUACCUGCAUCACUUAGAACAGAGAAUGCUGGAGCUUUACAGCCAAGAGUCUGAAGGACUGUACACUGUCUUCUGUCCAAGAAAAGGUAUGAUAUGUGCAGCCCAAUACAGUCAAGAUAAAAUGUGGUAUCGUGCUCGUAUUCUGGACAUUCUUGGUGGCAGAAGGUUACUUGUUCAGUAUGUUGACUACGGUAAUACUGAGAUUAUCCACCACACUAAGAUUCGCAAGAUUCUUGAUGAUGACAUUAAGUUUCCAGAACAGGCCAUUGAAUGCUGUCUGUCUGAUGUAGAGCCAGCUGAUGGUAAUAAUGAAUGGUCAGAGGAGGCCAGGGCUUGGAUUUCAAGACAAGUACUCCUAAAGGUGUGCCAGUUCCGAGUUACCACAGACAGCACCAAGUCUAACUCAGUAAGUGGUGUACUGUAUGCAAUUGACGUUAACAGUGGUCGACUGGUGUGUAUAAACUCAGAACUUGUCAAACAUGGAUUUGCAUCGAGCACUGGGAAAUGGUCCCAGCCACCGAAACCUGAAACAUUUGAAGGUGUGACUCUUACUCCACAAGAGCAAAGAAAUCUUUUGCAGCUUACUGUUGGGAAAUUGCCAAAUGCCACCGUCAUGAUGCAGGUUCCAGAAAAGGACAAGACAGUUUCUAAGACACAGAAAUCACCUGUCCAUCUCAGCCCAGGCCCGCGCUCAUCUCCAUCCCCCAAUGUUUACACCCAAGUUGUCUCCUCCUGCUCCACUCAUGCCAGCAAAAAGGGGAGGGGUGUUUCUUCUGAUCAGAGGGCCAGUAAAAAGGUAGAAACAUACAGAUCUAAUGGAGUUCUGCUGCAGCAGAGCGGGACAUCACCUGGUCAGCAGAGUCUGCCAACUUCCUUGACAGACGAGAAACCCAGCAUCCAUUCAGUGGCAGUGAGAAUCGCUGAGUACCAGUCACCAGGUCACUUUUAUAUUCAGCUGCAGGACAAAAGCAGGCAACUAGACAGCUUGAUGACAGAGAUGUCAGAAUAUAAUUCAGCUGAUCAGAUGGACAGAGAAUGGAAAGUUGGUGACUACUGUGCUGCUAGAUACUCAAAAGAUCAAAGCUGGUACCGUGGACGUGUCAGAAGAAACUUGGAAGAUGGCAGUUUUGAGGUAUUCCUGGUAGAUUAUGGCUUCACAGACAUAAUUUCACGAAGCCAACUUCGCCUUUUAUUGAAGAAGCACGGGGAGAAUGAGUGCUUUGCAGAGAGAUGCCAUUUAGCUGGGAUCCAGUCUGCUGGGUCAUCAGAUCCCUCUAAAUGGACGAGCACAGCUAGAGAAUUCAUGAUGAAGCAGAUUACCCAGGGCAAGCAGUUGUUUGUCAAACUUGAGGGUGAAGCAGUUCCUGAGCUUGGUUUGCCAGUGGAUAUUGUGGUAGAAGAGAUUGUCCCAGAGACAGCAUUUGACCCAGCCUUCAAGAAAUACGUGUCCUUAAUUGACCUUCUGCUUGGUCAGGGUUUGGCUCUGCCAAUAAAGGGGAAGAAACGAUCAAGCGCAGCUGCUGAUACAGGAUCUGGUAACCCAGAGCAAUGUUUUCAAGCAAAAGUGACUGUCUCUGCUUCUAGUCCUGUUAUGACUGUGCACGAGAGCAACAGCCACGACUCUCUUGAGCCUGAGACAGUGGUUUUAAUACAGCCUGACUUUGAUGUUGCACCCCAUCCUCCUCCCUCUGCCUCUGCAAUGGUUGUGGUUCCUGUCUACGUUGAUCACUGUGGAGUCAUCUUCGCUCAUGAUGUUACUGAGGAGGAAAUGCUGACCAAGCUAAUACAAAACAUGGAUCAGUAUGCACAGCAGGAGGCUCCAAAGGGAUGCCUGGAAGUAAAGCCAGGUCAAUUUGUCUAGCCCACUUUUCUGCAGAUAAUGUUUGGUACCGAGCUCGGGUAUUAGAGGUGGACAUGGAUAAUGUAAAGGUGAAGUAUAUAGACUUUGGGAACAUAGCCAAUGUGUCACGAGAGAAGCUGAAGCUUGCCACAGCAGACAUCUGCAAGAUUCCUCAGUUGGCAUUACAGCUAGUCCUCCAUAAUAUCAGACCUG